UUCAACAAAUCAAGCACCAAACAAAGCUUCAUAACCCCUAAAUCAUACAUGAAAGACACAAUCGCAACCAUAUCAAACAUACUCAGGUAUUCCACUUGGGAUUCUGCUCAACAACACCUUCAAACCCUCACACCAUCAAAUGGGAUUCUUACACAGUCAAUCAAGUCCUCAACACCCACCACCAAUGGAAAAAUCUUGGCUUUUUUUCAACUGGGCAUCUGGGUUGAAAAACUUCAAACAUGAUCAGUUUACUUACACAACAAUGAUGGAUAUUUUUGGGGAAGCAAGGAGGAUUUCUUCAAUGAAGUUUGUGUUUCAGCAGAUGCAGGAUAAAGGGGUUAGAGUUGAUGUGGUUAGUUAUACUUGUAUGCUGCAUUGGCUGUGGAAUGAUGGGGAUGUUGAUGGGGCUGUGAAGUUGUGGGAGGAGAUGAGGGAGAAGGGUGUUAGUCCGACUGUUGUUUCGUACACGGCGUAUAUGAAGGUUUUGUUUGACAAUGGUCGGGUGAAGGAGGCGACUGAGGUUUAUAAGGAGAUGAUUCGGGCUGGUUGUGCGCCGAGUUGUGUUACUUAUACGGUUUUGAUGGAGCAUCUUGCUGGUUGUGGAAAAUUCAACGAAGUCCUAGACAUGUUUAUCAAGAUGCAAGAAGAAGCAGGAGUACAACCUGAUAAAGCUGCAUGCAACAUCUUAGUUGAAAAUUGCUGCAAAGCAGGGGAAAGCGAUGCUCUCCUUAAGGAAUCAAAUUGUCAUUUAUCUUCUGUACAUUAUAAGAAGAAGCUGGAACCCAUAGUAAAUGAUGGACAAAAACGUCUUUUGACCAGAAAGCACUUUAUUGGCGUUGACUCUUUACUUAAAGAUAUGAUGGACAAAAACGUCUUUUUGACUGCCGAGAUUGUUUCAUCAGUUAUUGACACAUACACUACUGCUCAUGAAAGACCUCACGCUGCUCUUUUGGCCUAUGAGUAUGGUAAGAAAAUGGGGAUAAAAUUUGAGAAAAUUUUGUAUCUUUCUUUGGUUGGUUUGUUUAUCAGGACAAAUUCUUUCCUAAAGAUUGUGGAUAUCAUCAUCAAAGAAAUGGUAAAAAGUGGAAUCUUUCUUGGAGUUAAUCAAAGUGCGUUGUUGAUAUACAAGCUCGGAUGUGCAAAUAAGCCUGCUUCAGCUGCGAAAGUAUUUGACCUUUUGCCUGAUAAUGAGAAGAACACGGCAACUUACACUGCUUUGAUGGCAGCCUACUUUGCUUCAAGAAGUACUACUUGUAAAGAAGGACUAGAGAUUUUUAAGGAAAUGAAGGAUGCUGGGAUUCCUGUUGUUGUUGGAACUUAUAAUGUGCUGUUGGCUGGUCUAGGAAAAAGUGGCAGAGUUGUUGAGUUUGAGUAUUAUAGGAAACAGAAAAAACAGAUGCAGAAUGUUAGUUUUUUUGAAAAUCAAAAAUCUGUAGAAGAAAUGAGUUGUAACAUGUUGUUUGGUAGGGAUUAUGCAUCUUGAGACUUGACAAAAGUGAUUUAAGCGGCACAAUAACAUCGCUGCUUGUCCCUUCACUGACGCUAGCAGGUAAGGUUCCACUUUGUUUAUACUUUAUUGCGCAGUUUUUCUUGUUCUCGGGAUCGCUGAAAUUUGAAAAAGUCCAGAUGAGUGUGAGAAUUCAAUUACAGUCCCCUAGAGAUGAACUUCCCUUACAUGAAUCCGAUUUUUACCGGUCCUCUAAUUCCUUCUCGGUUCGUCCAAUUUUAGGUCAGUUUCUUUAAAUGUACUAUUCCUUCUCGGUUUGUCCAAUUUUAUGUCUAGAUUUUCUUAUGGUACCAUUGCUAAAGUUACUAGUUAAAGGCAUAUGAACUCAUAGGCGGUUUUAUCACCUAUGGCACAAAGUGGUCGAUUUGCAGUUCCUGUGCAGCCAAACCAGACGCACCCUAGCUAUGCAUUUGAACAAAAGGCAGAUGCAGGCUCGGUUUUACAGGCUGGAGCUAAUCCUUAUGGUGCUAAUGUUUACCAGCCAUAAAGACCUGAGAAUCCGGUAUGCAGCUCCCUGAGCAGAUGCAGCAGCAGCUACAGUCCACGUUAGGUCAGCCGCCGUCUGAUUUUGAUGCUGAUAAGCAUGAACGAUAUCAGUCAACGCUGCAGUUUGCUAUGAACCUUUUGUCUUCACUAAGUUACCAAGCCCAUGUAUUCUUUUUUAAAUUUUAAAUUAAAAUGAAAUUAUGUUUAAUUGAUUUGUUUAUCUAGAGGUCAUUAGAAUAGUUUCAGAGUAGAUUUAGAGGUGUGUCAAUAGUUGUCCUUAUAAGAUGUUACAUAUAAAUUCUUUGUGAAGUGUAAAGGAUUGUGAUACAUAUCCAACUGACCUAACGGGUCAAAUUAACCCAUUCUCGUUGAUGAUCCUAGACCCUUGACGCAGUCAAAUGACCCAAUCAAUUGCAGUCAAAUGGCUCAAUUAAUUACAGUUCUAGCCCAGUCAAAAGACCCAAUUAACUGCAGCUUUAAUCAAGGGAGAAAAUGAUGUAAUGUGGGGACAUGUUAUGGGCAGUUACUUAGUAUCUUGUGUCUUUAAGUAAGUUGUUUAAGGUGAGAAUAAGGUGUCUUGGAUAUUUUGUUUGUAUUGUGAUCUCUGAUCAGAAUUUAGGAGACUAGCCCCUCUCGAAUCGGGCCAACUAUCGUGUUUGUUCUUGUUUCAAUUUAAUAAGAUUUUCAGUAUCUAUCAGA